AUGGCCAACUGGAACUGGAAGGAUCUCCUCACCAACCGAGACCGCCGCCAAUUCCCAGAGGUGGUCGUGCCCCUCGCCAAUGCCCCUGCGCCUGAAAAGCCGAUUCCCGAACCCUAUGCGGAAAAGAAAGCCAUUUCCGACGAUGACUCGAGCUCCAGCCUGGACCGAGCCUCUUCCCAAGAGCAAGGCACCGUCGCCGUGCCCACUACGUAUACUACACUGACCCUGGAAGCCCUGCGUGCACAGGUCGAAUCCGACGUCGCUGCUUCCGGUCAUGACUCCGUCUAUGACCGUAAAGCCAAGGUGAUCAACAAGGCCAUUCAGGAUAUCGGAAUGGGCCGCUACCAAUGGGAACUGUUUGUUCUCUGCGGAUUUGGCUGGAUUGCCGACAACCUCUGGUUGCAGGGAGUGGCCCUGACGCUCACUCCGCUGUCCAUGGAAUUCGGUGUCUCGGAAACCAAUUCUCGCUUUGCCACAUGUGCCUUGUUCGUCGGUCUGAUUAUCGGUGCGUCCUUCUGGGGUAUUGCCUCGGAUGCCAUCGGACGUCGCCCGGCCUUCAACAUGACGCUCUUCCUUUGUGGCACGUUCGGCCUGGCGGCUGGCGGUGGAUCUAGCUGGGUCGGCACCUGUGCGUUGUAUUCCUGCCUUGGUCUGGGCGUUGGUGGAAACCUUCCCGUGGAUGCUGCAGUCUUCCUGGAAUGUCUGCCGCCCGAUUCGGCCAGUCUGUUGAGCGGUCUGGCCACCUGGUGGUCGGUUGGUACGCUGAUCGCCAGUAUGCUGGCCUGGGCCUACAUCCCCAACUUCUCGUGUGAGAGCUACGCCACGUGCACCAAGGCCAACAACUGGGGCUGGCGAUACCUCGUGCUCACGUUGGGGGCCAUCACCUUUGCCAUGUUCCUCUGCCGGUUCCUCCUGUUCACCCUGUACGAGUCGCCCAAGUUCCUGGUGUCGCGCGGACGGCAAGAUGAGGCCGUCGCGGCGGUGCAGGGCAUCGCCCACAAGAACAAGACCAAGACCUGGCUCACCGAGGAGAUCCUGAACGAGAUCGGUGGUUAUCCCGAGGAGAACCCGAAGCAGGCUCUCUCUUACGGCGAGAUCAUCAAGCGGUCUCUGGAACGCUUCUCCUACCAACAGAUUGCCCCUCUGUUUGCCAACAAGCGUCUGGGGAUUUCCACCGUCCUGAUCUGGUUCUGCUGGACCACCAUCGGAAUGGGCUACACGCUGUUCAACGCCUUCCUGCCGCAGUACCUGAGCGCCAACUCGUCCACCUACAUCACCUACCGCAACUACGCCAUCACGGCCGUCUGCGGUAUUCCCGGACCCCUGGUCGCCUGGUACACGGUCAACCUGCCGUACGUCGGCCGCAAGGGUACGAUGGCCAUCUCCACCCUGGUCACGGGCGUUUUGCUGUUCUGUUUCACCGCCUCCAAGGAUCCCAACGUCCAGCUGGUGUGUUCCGCACUGGAGUCCUUCUUCCAGAUGGCCAUGUACGGUGUCCUGUACGCCUACACGCCCGAGGUCUUCCCGGCGCCCAACCGCGGCACUGGGUCUGGCAUUGCCAGCUGCUUGAACCGGAUUGCGGGCUUGAUGGCUCCCAUUAUUGGCGUCUACGCGAGCACCAACCCGGUCGCGCCGAUUUAUGCAUCGGGCGCGUUGAUUCUGGCGGCCUUUGUGGCGAUGUGCCUGCUGCCGAUCGAGACUCGGGGCAGGCAAGCUCUGUAG